UUGAAAGUUUGAAGGUCGGGACGAAUUACGAAUGUGUCGCGUAAAUUUUGUCGAUUCCUGCUUGACUUAUGGAAGAAAGUCUUUCUGAGUCAACGCCAGUGGAUCUAUUUCCACAAGCCUUCCCUAAAAUACCCUCAGCUACAUCUUGUCCGAGAUAUCAAAGAAAGCUGUCGGUCAGAGAAAUAAAAAUCCAACGAUCCGAGGCUGGCAACAAAUAUGCAGCAAUUACAAGGCAUUCUCGUGCUAAGGCAUUAUGGAAGACAGCCUUCAGUUUAAUUUCCUAUCGUGGUGACCCAUGGGAGAAAUUUCACUUACAAGAACUUCCAGAAGAAACGGCAAAGCGUUAUCGUUAUAACGCUAUUAAGGGCAAGUGGAUAGAAGAUAUCGUACGUGUAAAAGUAGAAAAUUCACCAUUCAAUCGAGGUGCUAUGAGAGAAUGCUUUCGUGCAAAGAAAUUGUCCAAUUUUUCACAUUGCUCUGAUUGGUCACAUGCAUCAAAUCAUGUUGCUAAACGUUAUAUUGAGAAGGUUGAAACUCAUGUGUAUUUCGAUGAUGUUCGUUUACAAAUGGAUGCUAAACUUUGGGGUGAAGAAUAUAGUCGUCAACCGUCUGCACCAAAAAAAGUCGAUAUUUCACAAAUGUGUGUAUUGGAGUUUGUUAAUCGACCAGAGAAACCUCUAUAUCACUUGGAACAUUUUAUAGAAGGAACUUAUCGAAAGUAUAAUUCAAAUUCAGGAUUUGUAGAUGAUUUAUCACGAAACACUCCUCAGGCUUUUAGUCACUUCACCUUUGAACGAAGUGGUCAUCGUUUAAUUGUAGUUGAUAUACAAGGUGUUGGUAAUCUGUGGACAGAUCCUCAAAUUCAUACAUUCGAUGGUAAAUCUUAUGGUGAUGGAAAUCUGGGGGUUCGUGGAAUGGCUUUAUUUUUUUAUACACAUCGAUGCAAUCCAUUAUGUUUAGCGCUAUCAUUAAGCGCUUUUGAUUUACCAACAAGUGAAAAACUAUCUACAUUUAGUCAAUUAUCUAUGAAAGUGACGGAUAAUCAGACUGAAAAUACAAAUGGGAUCAGUGAUAAUAAUAAUGUGGAACUCAGUGGAACAGUAGCAAUUCCAGCUUCUCGUCGUGAUCGAUAUGGUAUUCGUCGUUUGGUUUCAGAAAAUAUUGAUUCAUCUUAUGAUUUACAAAACAAUGACAAUAAUCACAACAAUGACACUAGUAGUGAUUUUGUAAAUCCAACCGACUUUGUGGAGUCUCAUAGUGUACCUUCUCCUAAAUUACCAUUUCUACCUUCGAGAUCUCCUGUUUUAUGUAGAAAUGAUUUAUUACAAAAGACUGAUCAAAUCAAUCACAAUUCAAAUGUCGUUGUUAAUAAUGGAAAACACAAUACAAAGUAUAGUACUAAUACUACUACUGAUAAUAAUAAUAAUAAUAUUAAUAAUAAUAAUAGUAAUAAUAAUAAUGGUAAUAAUGAUGAUGCACGUACUAAUGAUUUAAUAUUUGGUCCAAUUUCACUUCAUAAUAAUUCGUAUGAUUCUGGUAUAAGUUUUGAUGGCCCAUCGUUUGGUAAUAUGUUCAAAGUACAACAAAGUAUUAUUAGUGAUCCUAGUUGUGAUCCAGUAUGUUCAGAUUUGGAUCAGUCAAAUUCUCAUUUGAAUUCGAGCGAAAGUUCACAACAGCUCAGUAAAGAAGCUGAACUAAUUGAAUUUUUUCGUUUACAUCAAGCUGGUCAUCGAAGCAGUUCCAUUGCAGCUUUACAUGGUGCUGAUACUGUAAUUUUAGGCUUGAUACAUCAUGAAUUGGCUCGUUUACAUGCUUCUGGUCGUUUAGCUUUAAUACAUCAAACCGGUUAUUAUCAGUUAAAGUGCAAUGAAAUUAAAAAGAAUCAACCUUCUAUAGAUAUUGAACAAAAAUUGAAUGGAAAUCAAUUGAAUGAAUUAAAUCGCCCACAAAAUGUUAAUUGGGAAUCAGUUUUAUUUCAUUUAGAACAAUCAGCUAAACUUGGUUGUUUAGAUGCUAUUCAAUGUUUAGCUCAAUAUUAUUUGAAUUUAAUGAUUGAUGGUCCAUUAUCGGAAUGUCCAAUUAAACCUGAUCCACUGGAAUCUCGAGCACAUGGUUUUGCUUUAAUCAGUGCGGCUGCAUCAGCAGGAGAUCGUAUGGCUAUGCUUUAUUUAGCUGAAGCUUAUUAUCAUGGUGACUAUUAUUCUCCAGAUACUAGUAAUGAUAUCAAUAAUAAUAAUAAUGAUAAUAAUAAUAAUAAUAAUAAUGGGCGGAAACAAGAACCUGACUGGUUAGCAGCUGCACAUUGGUAUGAAAUGGCAACUAAAGUUGUUACUUAUGAUGACGAUGCUACAGAAGAUGAUGAAACAAAUCAACGCAAUACAUCGUUUAUGAAAAGGAGUCGUUCUGGUUUUCAUUCAUUAUCUGAAUGGCCAAUUUAUCGUUUACAAGGUCGAUUAGGAGAAAUGUAUGCUAAAGGUGGUUAUGGUUUAGUCAGAGAUAGAAUAAAAGCUUACGAACUCUUCGAAUCAGCCGCUGAAGGUGCUAGUGAAGCUCAUGAAGGACGUAUAGCAAUGAAGUAUUAUGAACAAGCAGGUCUUUUAGAAGAAUAUACUACUGUUGAAUUUGAUGAAGAAAUAGAAGAAAAAACAGAAGGAGACAAAUAGAUAGUAAUAGUAACAAUAUUAAGAGUUUUUUUCUUUCAAAUUUAUGUAAUAAAUAGAUUUUCUCCGGUUAUGGUUUGAUGUGUAUAACUGUUUUCAUAAUUCUUUUUAUAUAGAAAACUUUUUUUUCUCAUCGAUAACCAAUUGUAUUGAUCAUGUAUAAUCCCUAGUUUUCCCAUAUAACCUUUUGACUUGUUUAUAUUCCACUCAUUUUAACUAUCAGCAAAUAGGAUCUUUUUAUGACUAAGCUUUUAUUCAUCUUUUUCCCUCUGAGUUAUUACAUUUUGUCUUGAAUUAUACUAUGAUUAUUUUGAUGUUCAUAGCAUACACACUUUGUUAUUCCAUGUAUUAUUAUUAAUAUUAUUGAUUUAUUCAUUGUGCACUACUACUUCACUCACUGUAUUUUCAGUAUAUAUUUUUUAUCCGUUCAUUUUGAAAUAAAUGUUUCAUGCGCCUUUCAUUUUCGUUAAUUUCCUCUUCCUAUUUCACAUUGUUUUUUUUACGGAUUAGAGACGUGACAACUUGAACAGAUAUGGAUGUGUGUAUACAUAGCCAGAUCUUGUGUUGUCUAUAUCUGACUAACUGAUUUCAUCUUCCUUCUAGUUUCCCCAUAUCCUCUUUUGGAUUUUCCUGUUACUUUGUAGAAAUUAUCUUUUUUCUUAAAAAAAGUGAACAUAUAAAAACAAAAUAAUGUCAGUAACAACAGUCAAUAAAAUCAUGAUUUCUUUCUAGUGAACAAGUAUUGG